AAAAGGCGGAGAGGAACAGGCUCCAAGACGCUGUGAGUCGAGAGAGCCUACCUCCACUUCCUCUCACGGUUCAUGUCGGUCAAACUUAGUGAAGUUGGUGUGUUUUUCUCAGUGAGUCUGGCCGGAGCAGCAUGCCGCUCCGCAGCGAGGCCUUCCGGUCCCAGGCGGCGGCCAUCCUGGCGUUGUUCGCCGAGGAGAUCCGCAGACUGUCCGCGGAGCCGCACGGAGAGACGUCUGGGACGGAGAGGCGUCUUGGCUCGGCGGUGCAGCCGCUGCUGAGGGAAACAGUCCGCAAACUGUGCAGCCUGUUUGCGGCCUGCUGCGGCCCGCCGGAGGACGCAGGCAGCGGUGCCGACAGGCAGCCAACGAGCAGGACAUGGACUCUGCCAGGUGUGUUGAGGCUCAGGUGGGACUGGGCCUUCCACGUGCUCUCAGUCCCUGAGGUGUGUCCUGACAGGUGCAUGUGCGUCCAGGCCGACGUCCUGUGUUUUCCAGCAGAGGCAGCAUCAAGUGGCUCUGCAGACAAGGAGGGUGUAGCUGAGAGGAGUCCAGUUCAGGAGUGGGCAGCAGGGGAGGAGACCUUGUUGGUGGGCACAGAAGACGUUCAGGAGGUAGAGGAGGGAAACACGGCAGACACGCCAGCAGAUCUCAACUCCAGCAGCCAAAACCUGCCAGAGAGCAAAGCGAGCAGCAGGGGCAGGUGGCGGAGACCAAGCGGGCCAGCAGAUGGUGCUGCACUGCCAGCUGCUGCUGAGGAUGAUGGGACUGAAGAAGGGAAAGACUCCCACAACAAACAAACUCAGAGACGCAGAAAUUUCCUGUGCAAACAGUGCGGCAGGAGUUUCCCUCACCGCAGCAUGGACAUGGGGGACGAGCCACUCACCUGCCGUCAGUGCAGGACAGCCUCCUCACCUGAAGCACCCCUGGACAAGCACAUCACUCCCAGAAAGCACUCGAGAGCCGUCUCUUCCACCUGCGAGGUCUGCGGGAAAGUGUUCCACAACCAGAGAUCCCUGCAGAGCCACCAGCUCGUCCACGUCGAAGCCAAGCCGUUCACGUGCCAGAGCUGUGGGUCGGGCUUCAGCACCAGAGGCAGCCUGCGGCUUCACCAGAGCGUGCACACAGGGGAGAAACCAUUUCGAUGCCCCACCUGUGACAAAACCUUCUCCCAAGCCAGCUACCUUCGGGUACACAAACGGACGCACUCCUCUGACAAGCCGUUUCGCUGCAGCCUGUGCGGCAAGGGCUUCGUCACCAAGCGCGCUCUGAAGUUCCACGAGGUGGUUCACACCGGUCUGAAGGCGUUUGGGUGUGAGGUGUGCGGCCGAAAAUUUGGCCAUUACGUGAACCUGAAGAGACACACGCUGAUCCACACGGGGACCAAACCCUACCUGUGCAACGUGUGCGGCAAGAGCUUCAACCAGUCCAGCAUCCUGAAGGGCCACAUGCAGGUGCACGCCGUCAGCAAGCCGUUCAUGUGCGACGUCUGCGGCAAAGCGUUCAUCUACAACUACGCGCUGAGGAAACAUCGGAGGCGCCACCUGCAGGACGGAGAGGGGAAACGUCAGCGCUGCGACAGCUGCGGUAAGGAGUUCAGCUCGGCGGGCGCUCUCAGGACGCACCGGCUCCUCCACAGCGGACAGAAGCCUUUUGAGUGCGACACGUGCGGGAAAGCCUUUACCCAGAAAUACUCCCUGGUCAUUCACCAGAGGGUGCACACACAGGAGAAGCCUCACAUCUGCAGUGUGUGUGGAAAGGGCUUCAGCCUGGCAAGCAGCCUUAAGCUCCAUGAGAGGACCCACACUGGAGAGAAGCCCUUUGCGUGCCAGACCUGCGGGAUGACUUUCAGCAUCAGCGGGAACCUGAGCAGACACCUGCGCGUCCACACGGGCGAGAGGCCCUUCAGCUGCGAGGUCUGCGGCAAGCAGUUCAGCCAGGCCGGCAACCUGAAGACACACAUGCAGGUCCAUCUGGGAGAGAGACCGUACGAGUGUCAGAGGUGCACCAAGACCUUUGCCUACCCAACAAAUCUCAAAGAGCACAAAUGUGUCGUCAGUGACACAUGCUGUUUUAGAGCCGAGCAGACCCUCCGCGGCGGGCCGCCCAGCCGGAUCUCUCUCUGCUCGGCCCCGGACAGCAUUGUGAGGAUGUCAGCUCUGGAGGAGCAGGUGGGCUCCAUCCUGGAGCUGAUGGUCAACGCCACCGUCACAGAAAUGGCCAAAGUUCUGGGCAGCAGCGACCCCGCGGUUCCACAGGUGCCCGGUGCGCCGGACAACACACCCGGCUGCCCGGACGACAAGGUGAUCCAGUUCAGUGUCUUCAUGACGGCUCUGGCCAGAGACGCUGCUGAGAAGAUGUGCCAGCUCUUCCAUGAGUGUUCCUCUCUGCUCAGGCUGGAGGUGACCCAGGGCGUGGCGGAGAACGAGGACCUGCGGCGGAGGCUGGAGGCGGCUCAGGCAGAGCUGCGGCUGGUGCUGGAGGGCGGCGGAGGCCAGGAGGAAACGCUGGAGCCCCCAGAGGGAGGCCAAACCCAGACGGAGGCCAGGAGUGCCCCGUCCAAUGGGGGCAGCUACGCACAAACAGAGGAGGGGCCCGUCCAGAGCAGCCAGCGUCCCGGGAGGAAGAGCCGCAGAGUCGUGUCAGGCAGUGACGGUGGAGUGAAGAGAUCGCCCAUAAUCCACUUGUGGAAAGGGAGAGCGUAUGAGGACAGUAUCCGCACCGUCAUAAUAAAGGAGGAGGGGCUGGAGGCGCUGGCCGAUCCCGAUGAGUCGCAACAGGACGACGACAACGACCCAGACUACCAGCUGGAGCCAGAGGAUCCAGACGACGGCGACCCGGGAUACACCACCAAACCCAAACCCAAACGCGCUGUGAAGCCCAAGUCCCGUCGAGGCCGAGCCAAGAAGGAGGGCCAGAGUCCGAGCCAGCAGCCGCUGAGCUGUAAACACUGCAGGAAAACCUUCACCAAGCUGAUCCAGCUCAAAGCCCACCAGGCCGUCCACGGUGCAGAGAAACCCUUCCACUGCUCCCAGUGCGGCCGAGGCUUCUCCUUCCAGCGCAGCCUCAACGAGCACAUGCUGCUGCAUACAGGCGAGAGGCCCCACACCUGUGACGUUUGUGGGAAGGGCUUCACCCUGAAGCAGCUGCUGAGGAACCACCAGCGUCUCCACGCCGAGGUCAGGCCCUUCCGCUGCGACCAGUGCGGCAAGAGCUUCUACCGAGCCCACGGCCUGAAGAUGCACCAGAUGGUCCACACCGGAGAGCGCGCCUACAACUGCCAGUACUGCGGCAAGAGCUUCACCAUCCAAGGUAACCUGCAGCGCCACCUGCGCAUACACACAGGUGAGAAGCCCUUCAGCUGCGAGACGUGCGGGAAAAGCUUCAACCAGGCCGACACUCUGAAGGGCCACCAGAGGAUCCACACCGGCGAGCGGCCCUUCAGCUGCGAGACCUGCGGCAAGUGUUUCAUUCAGAAGAGUGCCUUGAAGAUGCACCAGAAGACCUCCCACUCGGGGGAGAACUCGCGCUCCUGCGUGGCGUGCGGGACCACGGUGGCCUGCGUGGAGUCGCUGCGCUCGCACAUCCAGACGCACGCGGCGACCAUCCCGUGCACGUGCGUGCUCUGCGGCCGGCGGCUCAGCUCCAUCACCGACCUGCGCUCGCACCAGCUGCACCACACGGUGGAGAGGCCUCACAGCUGCGGCCUGUGUGGGAAGAGCUUCAAGUCGUCCAGCUACCUGAAGAUUCACCUGAAGUCGCACAGCGGGGAGAGGCCGUUCUCCUGUGACAUCUGCGGCCGCAUGUUCACACAGCACAGCAGCCUUAAAUCACAUCAGGUGGUUCACACAGGAGAGAAGCCGUUCAGUUGCGACACAUGCGGGAAAUGUUUCAGCAACACAGGAAACCUGAACAGACACCAGCGCAUCCACACGGGGGAGAAGCCGUUCAGCUGCGACCAGUGCGGGCGCAGCUUCAACCAGGGCAACAGCCUGAAGGCGCACCAGCAGAUUCACACGGGGGAGAAACAGUUCAUGUGCGACAAGUGUGGAAAGAGCUUCUCCUACUUGAGGAACCUGAAGGACCACAAGUGUUUCUACGUCUGAGUUGCAGCUGCUGCAAGGCUGCUGUGAGGCCACCGCAAGGCCGCUGCAGUAAUUCACUGUUUUAACGGAUGGAUGAGCGAGUUUGGUGACUUAGGAAAAUGAAUUGACAAAUUCAACAUGAAGGUGGCACCGCUGAUGCUUGUAAAAUUGUGUUUACCACGUUUGUGAAGUGCCGGUGUCACUGUACCCAUGGAAACAGGAGGGUGUGGCUGCUGUGUGGAUUCUCCAGCUUCAGGUUUUGUUUUUUUUUUAUUAUUAUUUGUAAGAGCUGGAGACAGUUACUGUGUAAGUUCUCAUGGUUAAAGGCUCCAGAGCCCUAUGUGAGUACCUUUUUUGUACUUAAACAUUUUGGCAUUUAGCUGGCACUGUUAUCCAAAGUGGCUUGCAGUGAGUGCAUCAGUUGAAUAAGCUUGAAUUCCUCAAUCACCAAUACUGAAAGCAGCUAAUAGUGAGGAGUGCACAGGUUAUGACACUAAUGUCCCAGUGAUACUCCCCGGCUGUGACCGUGAAAUGGUCAAGUAAGAGUGAAGCCCUUGGAAACGAGACAAAAGAGAGAGAGUGAGUGAUCAAAGGAUUUUUUUUCUUAACUGUAAAGGUUGAAGACAGGAAGAGGAGAGACAGACACGUGACUUAGACUGGAGCUGGACAGUCUAGGUAAGAGCUGGACACACAGCAGUGUUAUGGGGCUGUAGGGAUGAACCGUGGAGCCAUGCCUGGAGGUUUGGAGGUGCAGCUCUCUCCUAAUUCUGACUCUAUUCCCCCAAUGAACACAUCAUCCUGAAUAUAAAAUACGGGCAAAGUUAAGAAAUGUAGCAGCAUUAUCUGUAGGAGUAAUUGAAAAUAUCCAUUCCUUAAGGUACCAUGGCAGGACGCUACAUGCACUGAGAGCCUUUUAGUCAAUCUAAGUGCAUUUGUGAAUUACUGGGAAUUGAGUGUGUUUGCAGUUAUUAGCAAAACAAGCGGUUAAAAAAAAAAGUUUCCAAAGUCUUUUUUUCCUCAUCAUAGAGGAAGGUUGUGAUUUGCACUAGCAUUGCUCACUAAUUACUAAGAAAAGCCAACAACAUCAUGCUCUAAUAUCUCAGUUAUGAGAAACAGUGGAGAGAUUCCAGUCAGCGAUUAGUCAUGCAGGCUUCUUAAAAACCUGAAUUUGCCCUUUAAACAGUAUUUUCUAAGGGAUGACAACUCUCUGGAAAGUGUAAACAGACAGAGUUCAUGUGCAGUGUGUCUCUUUGUAUCUUGGCAUAAUCACCGCAGCAGUGUGCACUUAUUCCUCUGAAGGAGAUGUCGGCUGUACAUGGAGCAGGGACACUACAUUUUCCAUUGACCACUGUGGAGUGUGGAAUGCAUUCAAAGGUUUACCAGCCAUUUUCUGUCUUUCAACAGUCAAAUGUGAUUUUCUACAACAGAGGAGGGCCUGUGAGUGUUGGCUGGUCACUAACCAAAACGGCCGGUUUAGAGAAACUCAUCAUUCAUGGUUGAAAGUUUCCAGCGUGAUAGUGAGUCUCUCCCUAACUUCCUACCCUGAUCAUCAGCUGUUAAAGCUAAGACACCCUCACCGCCCGCUGUCACAGCGGGGAGUUUCCAAUGAUGAAAACGAGCCUGUUUCGGUGGCGGAAAAAACGACAACCUUUAGUCAUGUGGCUUAAACAACUUGAAUUCUGCUUCCUUGUUUUUUCACAUGACCACUAUAGAUGUUUGAAGUCCAACUGUGAGUUUUUGGAAACCCAUUGAUAAACACGUUGCCUUGUGUGCAUUAGAGGAGCUGUGGUGCUGAUAGAAAGCAUAAUUGCUAUUGAAACAGUAAUUUUGUACGAAUGUUAUUUCUGUAACUUCUCUUGUGGAGUUGUAUAACUUGUUACAAUUCAAUUUUGUGAUUGUGAGCCAGAUGGUUAAUAUAACUACAGGAAUAAAAACCUUUUUCUUGCCGGAGA